AUCAUAACAAAUAUUAAGGGGUCGUUUUUGUGACAUGAGAAAAUGAGAAAGUUGAUCUUAUAACCAAGCAAGCAGUUAAAAAAAGAAAAUAUAGAUAUCAUGAUCAAGUUAUCAAAACUGGAAGGAAAGGGCACAGUAUGGAAGAAAACAAAUGAAAAAUGGCAGCAGCACUGGGAGCAGGAGGUGAGAGGGAGACAUCUAGGCCUAUAUGCACUACAGAAGAGAGUGGGCGCUGGGAGAAGCAGAGGAGGAAACAGGAGAGAGGAGACAGUGAUGACAAGGCUGAGAAUUGGACAUAGUAACCUGAAUGGGACACUUCACAUUAUCGGGAAACAUGUAAAUGGAUUAUGUGACUGUUGUCAGACACCAUAAACAGUGGAACAUGUGAUUACGAACUGCAACAAAUACAGACAGGAACGGAAAGAAAUGCUGGAGGAGAUGAGGAGAGAAGGACUCACAUGAUCAAGCUUAAAGGACAUACUGGCGUGUGGUGAGACUGGGAAAGGCAGAAAGUGUUUGAUAUGCUUUCUAAAAAGAACUGGACUGAUACGGAAGAUAUGAGACACUGGAUAAUAUAGGAGUCAAAUAACUCCAGAAGAUGGCGGUAAUGCAACGCUAAGGAUGCAAGCUACCGUUAAACCCCAGAGAAGAAGAAGAAGAAGAACACGUUUGUGCUCAUAGACAAGUUUCCACUCGGACAUAUUUCGGUAAACACGAUUUAGUUCACGUGGGGCAUAACAACGUUUUAGGGCAGGAGGAGGCUCAUCUCGGCUGUGGGUAAAAGAUUAAAAUGCCAAAGAAAAGCACAGCAAAGAGUGUAAAGAGAGGAAGCAGUGAUAAUGAUGAGCAGCUCCCUCCUAAACAGAGCAGGUUAAAGCACAGUGACAUCCCAUCACCCCUGUGCUUCAACAGCCCUGUCAGCCUGUUCGAGAGCCUCAUCCAGCCCAUGGGUACAGAGCAGUUCUUCAGGGAGUACUGGGAGAAGAAACCCCUCCAUCUCCAGAGAUCUGAUCCCAGCACAGCCUCCUACUACCAGUCUUUGUUCCAGCUGUCUGACCUGCAGAGCCUGUGCUCCAACAAUCUGGAAUACUACAGGGACAUCAACGUUGUUCGCUGCAUCAAUGGCAAGAAAAAGGUGCUCAACAAGCAGGGGCAAGUUAAGAACAGUGCACUCUGUAAAAACUUUGUUCAGAAUAAAGCCACCAUCCAGUUCCACCAGCCCCAGAGGUUCAAGGAUGAGUUGUGGAAGAUCCAGGAAAAGCUGGAGUGUUUCUUCGGAGCCUUGGUGGGCUCUAACGUCUACAUCACACCACAGGAGUCCCAGGGCCUUCCACCUCACUAUGAUGAUGUUGAGGUAUUUAUCCUGCAGCUGGAGGGACAGAAACAUUGGCGUCUCUAUAGUCCUACUGUUCCGCUGGCAGCAGAGUACAGCGUGGAGUCAGAGGAGAGGAUUGGCAGCCCAACCCAUGAUAUCGUACUGAAGGCAGGAGAUCUUCUGUACUUUCCCAGAGGAACCAUUCAUCAAGCAGAGACACCCGCAGGAGUGGACCACUCCACCCACGUGACUCUCAGCACCUACCAGAGAAUGUCAUUGGGAGAUUUGCUGUUGGACAUAUUUCCUAGCUUGCUGUGUGACCGCAGCAAGAGUGAAGUCAGCCUGAGACAGGGCAUACCCAGAAGACUCUUACUGGGUAAUAGUGAAGGCUUGGACACCGCCAGGCUGCUAGCCGCUAGAUUCAGAUCUCUGGCUGAUGAAAUGGAAACAGGGAUGCAGGAAGUGACCUCCACUCACAUGAAGAGAGACUUCAUCAUGAACAGACUGCCACCGUACAGCCAGCAGGAGCUGCUUACACCAUCUGGGAAGAUUCCUGCCUUAGAGGAUAUGGUAUGUUUGAGGUUUAAAGACCAUAUGGUGAUAACGGUGGAGCCAAGCCAAGAGAGAACAGAUGAGGCCACAGAGCUGGUCAUCUCUGUCUUACAUUCUCUGAAGAACCAGAGGGAGAGCCACAUGAUGGGUGAAAGUUGUGAUGAACAGGAUGGACUGAAUAUCUCCUGGGGGCUGCAGUUCCCCCUGUCCCAUCUCCAGGCCCUGCGGCAGCUCCAACAGGCAGAACAGCUGGCUGUGGACCAGCUCCAGCUGCCCACACAGGAGGCCAAACUCAGUCUGGUUCUGGCUCUCUGGAGUGAGAACCUGCUGGUUGUACUAUAGCACACCACUAUUUAAAAAUAUCAGUGAAGAAUUAAAUCACAACAAUACAUAGGCAUUUAUGAAUACCUUUGAAGAUAUUUCUUGUGUUAUUGUGUUGUUAGUUUUCUGGUUCCUCCUGAAUAAAGCUGCUAAACCUCCA